CGUGACUGUGACUGCGCUUGUCUUUAUCGACCGCCAUGGCCCAAGGCAAAACUAAAGGGCUCCAGGUCAAGGCACCGUCUCAAAGACAUGCACAAAAGGCUGCUUCAUCGACGAAGAAAGGAAAGCGUCAUAUCCCUCCCAAAAAAACUGCACUGGUCAAGCAGGCGACGAUGCACAAAAACCUCACUGCCAAAAUUAAUAAAUCGAUAGAGCAGCAGAUGGUGGCUGCGGCUUCUGCAGGAAAAUUGACUAUCAUGAAGAAUAGUAUCCCCGAAACCACUGCAAGCUCUUCAAAGGCCGGGAAGAAAUAGUCAGAGCAACGGUGCAUAGCGCAUUCCUCUAUAGCAGCUAGUUUUACUAGGACAAAUUCAAGACAUCGAUGUGGAUGUGGUGUGGACUGGUGUGGAUUGAUUGGAUGUGGGGGGAUUCUACUUAGAUCUGUGUCGGCCGUCCCAGACUAUCAACCUGUGGUACAGUGUGUAAUGUGACUGUUCGUAAGUUCGUGUAAUUUGUACGCAUGGUCCAUAGCAUGUAGAGGCAACGAGAGCCUGUUUACCGCGAUAUGAUUGACCCUGUUGUAAAAUUGAAAGAUCAAACUAUAGACUUUUCGAUUCGAUUCGACCGACAAAUUGGGAAACCGACUUGCCAAACUGGGAAAACUUUUUCUUCC